GUCGCGCGCCGUCGCGCAAGGAGAAGAACGAGAAAAAGCCAUUCCCUUUCAUGCAGCUUUGCGAUGGCCCAUCCACGACAAGGCGCCAAGGUCCGUCGCCAGCCCCUCGAAGUGCGCCAGCCAGGCUCCCCCGCGUUAGCAGCAGGGUCACCGCCGUGGUCCGGCUCCCAGUCACCGCUGGAAGAGUUGGGUUCACCACCAGUCCUUCCGGCUGCCAUCGUUGCCCGCAGGGACCUCUAUAACGUGGCAAGCGCGUACGUAACACCCUCCUCUCAUUCUCGUGUUCCGGCAAGACACCGGCAGGGCGAGGUGAACCGGGCCUCGCCUCCUAUCCGUCCCGCGUCAGGAGCCGGGACGACGGACACGUCGCCUGUGCCACACUCGGGGACCGCUGAGAAUGCGCGGCGUUACGCCGGCUUUCCAGGAGUGCCGGCGUACGUGUUGGCGCCGGAUGUCAUAAUUUUCACCCCUCGCAGGACGUCGCCGCAGUUACAGGCGCGGUCAGCAGAACCGCUCACUGCAGAGCCACCGUCCGACAUUUCUGCUGCUCGCGCCACUGAGACCACCGGUGACGAGUCGAGCCCAGCUCAGGCGCCCAUAAUACCGUCAUCGGGCGUCGAAAGUAAUUCCGAGGACCAGGCGGGGGGCAGAGCCAGGACUCGCCUCCGGUUCACGCAGGCCUGGGCACUCUGCGUCGUGACUAUCGGUACGCUCAUGAUGCCCGCAGGUCUCGUGAUGCUGUCUUACAUGAAAACUCCGCCCGUAGGCAGGAACACGGCGCGUUCCCGCGCCUUUCCGGUCUCGACAGUUUCGUGGACACGCGUUCCGUCACCGCCGCAUGCGCCAGGAGCUAGCACCAGCUGGCCAGCCCUGCCGUCGAACUGUACCGAAGCACCGCAGCUACGCGUAAACCUGGCCGACUUUCAAUUUCAGCCCGAGGGGUCGUUCCAUCGGACGACGAAUCACACUGUUUUCUGCAUUUACAACGUUACCCGUUUCCUGCCAUUUUUCGAACAAACUGAGCAGACGUAUGCGCCGCAAAACAUGCCUCUCGAGUACUGCCGGAACAUCGUGUACUGGUCCAUGGCAGUGAGAGCUGACCAACCGGAGUCACGGGCCUCGGAGUUCGACGAAAAAUACGGCUUGGCCGUGCUGCGUGAGCUGCUCGAGUCGUCGCGCUCCUCGGGUCCAAAGAAGUUACUCGUGGCCCUCGGCGGGUACCAGAGUGACAGUGUGCGCUUGACCGAGAUUGCGCGAGACCAGCGAAAGAUGGCCUCGUUCGUGAGGAACGUGAUAGCGGUGCUGAAAAAUCACUCGCUGGACGGCGUCGCCCUGCACUGGGUGCGUCCGGAAGCUGCGUGCCGCCUCCCCGGUCGUGACGAUGACCUGUUCACCGUGUCUGCGAUAGCGGGCGCCAUUUCAAAGGAGCUUUCACCGAACGCCAUCAGCCAAGGACUCGUCGCGCUGAUUUUGCCCGCUGACCGCGCCGUGGCAGGUCCGCUGGUCCAAGGGCUCGUGAACGCGGUCGACUACGUCAUCGUGGAGACGCACUUGCUGCCGUUGCCACGCAAGCCAUCGCGUAAACUAUGCACGGAAAUGGCCGACCAAGCGACCCUUUUCAUCGGGUGGCUUGGUCCUUUGACUCCAGCACAGGAGAUGAAGGUGUGCAGCGGCUACAGUUUGUCCCCAUUGAAGGUGGCGGGGGAGGGGCGAGUCGGUGUGAAGACCAGCAUUCGCUCUUACGACGCCGACUCCCGUCUGAGUGGCCUGAGCGGUAGGGGCAAAGUGUCCGACGUGUGCGGCAACAAGGAAGAACCAUGCCUCUACGACUUGCUGGAGAGCGACUGCAUCGUCGUCUACCCGAACUCAGACCGGUGGAACGUGUUCUACCUGUUCCACAAGAGGGAGACACUGCAGGCCAUCGUGUCGCACGAGGCCGUAACCACGGCGCGCCGGAACGUCUCGCUGGACCGUUGCGCCGCUCUCUUCGACCUCGACAUGGACAACUGGGAUAUAGGACGCACGUGCAAUGGCUUCAAUUCGACGUACACGCACCUGACGCACUUCCACGCCAGCGUCGAAGGACUUGCCAGCCCCUUCUACUUUCUGCAGAGUUGCAAAUCCAAGUCGGGGUGAAGCGAGGUCUGGGAAGACAGCGUCGGCGCGUUUCACGUGGCUUGCGCUUGAAAGACCCAGUGUAUUUGACAUGCGCUCGCACGCGCUUCGCUUCUCUCGUGUGCAUAUUCUCGCGAUAUUCUUUCGCCUAUUUCACGUCUCCCACAAGCAAGCAGUUUGCUUGCAGCUAUGGAACUAAAAGACUAAACGUUUUUGAAUGGCUUUCAUGGCAGCCCCCUAAAUCGUCCUGGGUUAACUCGAAAUUUUCAGAGAUUAUGAUCGUCUCUUAGCUCCCAUUUUUCUACCACUAUUAUAACAUUAGAAAUUACCACAGUCUAGCCGUUCAUUAUAUUAUGUGCCUGUGUCCGUUUCCGUGCGGUUUCGUCAUACCGUCCAGUGGGCGCUCGGCGAAUGAGAACGAUUGGCCUCCCAGGUUUGUCGUCUCCCCAGGUCUGCGUCCUUGGUCGGAUCCUUUGUUUUAUUUAUGUUUAUUUUGGCACAUGUUGCACUAGAGGUUUCCGACAGGAUGGCAUGAACCAGUGCGAAAACCAACUUGCUAUCGCCUGUAAAGGCGGUAAGCGUACGUAUUGCACAUUGAGCCACAUCUUCAACCAUUUGCUAAGCGGUUGUGCAUACCCAUCGUCGCUGAGAGCGCCCAAGGCCACACCAGUAUUUAAGGGGGAUCAACAGCUCAGAUCUCUCUUUCUGUCGACAGAUGUCUGUGCCCAGUAUCCUAAUUAACAUGAAAAUAUUCUUGCGACACGAAUUUAUAAAUUUCUAGAAAGUACAACGAAACAUGUCCACAGCAUCGGUCGUUUUAGCAAAAAAAACUUUUUUGUUACAUCUA